CGACGACCAGACAGAUACCAUCCCGUUGGUUGGCCGGAUGGACGAUCGUGCGGUAUAGAUUGGUGCGAGCGCGUAAGAGUCACCAGAGAAGAGAUCUCCAGGUUGGACGAUCGGUUUCGGCGACGGGCCACGCGACAAUCAAGUCCUGGUAUCGUCGAUAUGACUGAUAGUGCGCGCGAUAGGGAAGCUCGAUAAUCGCGAGAUCGGUAUCGGUUCGUUAAUUUCGAUCAUCUGCAUAGCGUAUGAUUCGACGCAUCGACCAACGAGUUGACCGGCGACGAGACGAGGGCAAGUUGAGUGAAGAAGUGCGGAGGAUCAGUGAUCUCGAAGAGGAAGGCCCCGUGGAAGAGACGAUCUAACUGGCUGACACGACAAGGGCAAGGUCGCGUUUCCUCUCUCGCGGAAGGAAGCAGACUGGAGGAGCGGACCUGUCGUCUGCCGGAAUUAAAACGACGUUAUGAGACGCGCUUAACGGGCCCUCUCGACGUUGCACCUAAAGGUUAAUGCGCUGCACGAUGGCUGCUGGGAAAACUAUUCGUCUGUUAUUCAUCUUUCUUACUUUGACAUGCGUAUUUUCUCACUCUUGGACGCCGCAAAAUGAAGGCAGAAAGCUGUUUGGCGGCUAUACGAUAGUGCCAAAGGCGUGCCGUCCGUCAUUGCCAUCACGUACCAAGUCAAGCGGACCGACGAUAUGCAUGUUCAAUUACGAAUGCACGCGGCGCAACGGCGAGGUGGUCGGCGCCUGCAUGGACGGUUUCCUCUUCGGUGCGUGCUGCCAAUUGCCGCCCAAGAGCUCGACGAGCGACAAUGGCGAACCGUUUGGCACCGAGGAGCUUCUUCACCUGCAUCAGCUCGAUCAUGUACCCGACAUACCCAUUUUAUUGAAUCCAGACGGUACGCCAAUCGGUAUGUCUAUUCCGUCAAGCGACGAGUCUACAAAGAUCGACAACAGACCGAUCGGUGCCUCGAAUUAUCCGGAGCCCAUAUACACGAAAAUCUCCAGUUCGAAUCAGGAUUCCUUGUCAACGCCACCGUUGCCUGGUUCGGUGAACAACGCUGAAAAGACGCAAUUAGUCGAGCAAGCGGACGUCAGUCACUUGGCUGAGAAGUUCCCGACUCUUCUGGGUCAGCAAAACAUCAUUGAUGACUUGAGACUGCCGGGACUGUUGUCACAUUCGGGCUCCAACAACGAUAUUCAGGAUCACCAGGACAUGCCGGCGGUGAAUCCUGUCACCACGUUGCUGAGUCCGGAUCAGAUUCUGCAAAUAGCGGAUCCGGUCGAUCAGCUUCCGGCGCUGUUCUCUCAGGGACUGGGUACAAACAAUCACAGCUAUCCGGAGACUAUAUUGUUGAAUGAGAACGGCACGAUUCUCGAGGAAACGAACAAUCCGGACGAGAUCUUCCAACCGUCCAUCGAAACGUCGAUCGAUGAGAGGAUCACGCAGAGUGGAAGUACGUCGGAUAUCUGGAUCAAGUUUCCAGAGGAAUCCACGUCGCAGGCUCCAAAGUCGACAAUAUCCAUAAUGCCGAAGACACCCAUGGUGACUCAGAUGUACGCCAACACGCAGAAACUCACGAGCGACGUAUUAAGUACGCAACUGACUGUGGAAGGCUCAUUCGAGAAGGUGAACACAGUCGAGCAGAAGAUAUCUACGAAAGGAGCUACGAGCCCAAUGAAGCUCGAAACCACUACACCAAUGACAGCUUCAAGCGUGAAAGAAGAGCUAGUUAAAGUACCGACGAUUACAUACGACUUGCCAGCGGGCAACAAGAAGAAGGACGAUGUUCUCGACAACGAGGAGCUCGCCAUCAAUCAUAUAAUCUCCAUUCUGAACGACACUACGCCAAAAUCGGAGCUAUCGGUGACCGUUCCGGUUGCAAAUUCCUCGCCGAUUCAGGGCUGGGUGAGCAUCGACGAGACCUCGAAGCCCUCUCACGUGAAAAUCAGUUCUUCGAACUAUCGAUCUACCACCCUCGCGCCCUCCACAUUCCCGUAUACUUACUACAAGCCCAGUUCCCUUCAACCCUCCAAACUUUCCUCGUACUACAAUUACGAGCUCAUUCCCACGGAAACGACUUAUACGUCGCAGUAUUCGACCUCCAGUCCGUACGUUUCGCGUCCGUCCACGCAAACUACCUAUUCCGGCUCUUCCAGCAGCACCUUCGCCGGCAGCCGACCCACGACGAACCCUCCGGCGCCAACCGUGAUAGUUCUCGGUCCACUCGGUACGGAAUUUACCACCAAGAUCACCGAGAAGCCCGUCACGAGGAAGCCCUCGGGUGCGACCAUCAAACCGAUUUCAACUCCGAUUAAAACCACGCCUCUGAAACCUACGUUGGUCAAUACUAAGAAGCCCGGAGUGUCCACCACUAUAACCCAUAACAUUAACACCAUCAUCUCCAACGCUGCCAACGCAAACAACGUAGUAUCUACCAGCUACAUCAGCGUCAAUCUGAAGGAUGGCACCAGCGCGACGCCGUUGAUCGAUGCAACGAGCACCGAGGCGAUCGUUACGAAGACAGAUAGCACGAAGCAGCGUCCGAGCACGAAGAAGCCUGUGAUCUGGACCACUGUGUCCUCGUGGUCGGGCAAGCCGACGUUCAGUCUGAAACCGUCGACGCCCAGCUUGAGCUGGUCGGCCGAGAAUCUGACGCCGGUCAGCACCCUGAUAUUCAAGGACACCACGAACGAAGAUGGAUACAUCAAGGGUACCACGACGACUGUACCUUGCGACGACGAGACCGCGGCGCCCGACGAUCUCAUCAACUUCCCACCGGUGCGGAAUCCGAAUCUCAACAUUUCCGUGCCGAUCUCGCAGCAGGAGAAGCCGACGAUCGUCGAGAUUUACAACAACACCGGGUAUCCGGACAUCGAGCUGAUCAGCGAAAAUGAUAUCCCGACACCUACGUUCCUCGAAGACGUUGUAUUGACGGACAAGGUGGAUGCUUUCGUUAACAAGCUUGUCGAAUCGCUACAGGGUAACUUCCAGAGCUUGAAAGACGUGGUUUACAAUGGAAAUGGAACUACAGCAGCCCCAGUGACACCUUCUAACAUAACAAAAAAACCGUCUAAUACAAGCAUUACGACAAGGAGACCGACGCGAAAGCCCACGACCAAACCGUCGUCGUUAUCGGCGACGACGGGGCCGACAAAGAGACCAUCGGCGACCACGAAGAGGCCCACUCGUAUCACUCAGAAACCGUCGUCCGAAAAACCAACACGUCCCACCAAAGUUACCACCCUGAGGCCCAAACCUGUCACGUCGCAGAACGUUACGACCAAGAGACCUCAGGCAACAACGAAACGCCCGAAACCGACCAGGAAACCCACGACUGUGUUAACCAGCACGGAAACGAUUCCGCCAGAAGAACAGAGUGUGGCCUUGUUGAGUACAUCUGAGAGCAAUGAUGUGGAAGCGAACCAGCCCGAAUUUCGGACUCGAUGUGGCUUUAGGCCUCUGGUCUCAAGAGCGGGAAAAAUAGUCGGCGGAAAGGGCGCGCAAUUUGGGGAAUGGCCAUGGCAGGUGUUGGUUCGCGAAGCGACUUGGCUCGGUCUGUUCACGAAAAACAAAUGCGGAGGUGUACUUAUCACCGACAAAUAUGUGAUCACAGCAGCUCAUUGCCAACCAGGCUUCCUAGCUUCCUUGGUCGCGGUGUUCGGCGAGUUUGACAUUUCGGGCGAGUUGGAGUCGAAACGCAGCGUAACGAAGAACGUUCGCCGCGUCAUCGUGAAUCGCGGAUACGAUCCAGCGACAUUCGAGAAUGACCUGGCGCUUCUCGAGCUGGAGUCACCGGUGCAAUUCGACGAGCACAUCGUGCCGAUUUGCAUGCCCGAGGACGGCAUCGACUUCACUGGACGGAUGGCGACGGUCACGGGCUGGGGCCGACUUAAAUACAAUGGUGGCGUGCCAUCGGUGCUACAAGAAGUCCAGGUGCCGAUAAUGGAAAACGCGGUCUGCCAGGAGAUGUUUCAAACAGGCGGCCACUCGAAAUUGAUUUUGGACAGCUUCCUUUGCGCCGGAUACGCGAACGGUCAGAAGGACUCCUGCGAGGGUGACAGCGGUGGUCCGCUGGUGAUGGAACGACCGGACGGCAGAUGGUUUCUGGUUGGAACCGUUUCUCACGGUAUAAAAUGUGCGUCUCCGUAUCUACCGGGUGUGUACAUGAGGACGACCUUCUUCAAACCUUGGCUACACAGCAUUACCGGAGUCUGAGGAUUAUCGGCGAUUAUCAUCACGUCCUCGUGUGAUUACAUGUAUGAGCGGCACCCGAUGCCAUUCUGUGUAUAAAUGUACAAAGGAAGCUUAAUUUAUUUCCCUUCGGGGGAAUAGAGCGUACGAAGCUCAAUUAAGUAAUACACCCGCGGAAGUGAUUGGACCUGAAAUAUCAGAGAGUUAUCUCGAUAAUUUGGAUAAUAACGAGAGAGAUCAUCUCUCCUACGCAUUUAUUCUAUAUUUCCUCUAGCGCGUGGAAAUACUUAUACAGUGUCCCAAAAGUCCGGGACUGAUCGAAUAUUUCAUAAACUAUGCACUUUAGAAAGAAAUGUUUCAGACAAAUGUUAUAUGGCUUGAAGGGAGCAGAUAGUGGCAAUGAUUUGACAUGGGAGAGUCAUUUGAAGGUCAUGUGAAGA